CCCGCCCAAAAUCUCCAAGAAAACAAAACAAAACAAAAAAAAAAAAAAGAAAAAUGGUAAGAAGAAGGUUAUUAGUCUCUAAGGAUUUGCAGUUGUGCUUAAUCCCUGCUUUAGCUAUUGGCUUUUUGGUGUUUAUUUUGGGAGUUGAUGGGCAGAUUAGUACUGCUUGCAGCUCCUCCAUGCUGCAAAGCUUCACUCCUUGCCUAGGCUUCCUUACAAAUGGCGGUGCCUCAUCGUCUCCAACCUCUACUUGUUGCCAAUCACUCAAGUAUCUGAUGAGCAAUGGCACAGAUUGCCUUUGCCUCAUUGUCACUGGAAAUGUUCCUUUUCGCGUUCCCAUUAACCGAACAUUGGCUAUUUCUCUCCCUAAAGCUUGUAGGAACAGUGGUGUUUCUGGUGUGCCUGUCCAGUGCAAAGCUUCUGCUGCUCCUCUUCCAGCUCCAGGGCCAGCAGCUCUUGGACCAACUUCAUCACCCUUGCCUACAUCACCUAGUCCUGCUGGAGGAGGUUCAGGUUUUCCUCUUCCAUUUACGCCGCCGCCACCACGAGUGGAAGAUAAUGUACCAACAGGAGGCUUGACACCAUCAACUCCAACAGACAACUCUAACUCUGGCUUCCCAACUUCAAGUCCAGGAUUCAAGCCUGAUUUGACACCAGAUGCCGCCCCGCCUUCUAUCAAUCUUUCAUUCUUUCUUCUUCUCGCAGCUCUUGGAGCAAGCCUUCUCAAGUUUUACUGAUCUUUUUUGUCCUUUUUCUUUACUUUUUUUUUCCCAUUUCUUUUUCUGGCCUGGCUGGGUUAUAUAUAAAUGUACUGCUGCAUAUACAUUCUUUGAUGUUCCUUUUGCAAUUUUUUUGAAUUCUUUUUGUAUCGUUUGUUAAUUUGUAAUCAAGUUCUACUAUUAUAUUGGAUGAGGUUUUGACAAA